UUGGUUUGACUCAGUUGGUGGUCAACCGUCUAAAGAUGUAAAGCAAAUAUUGACAAUGGCUUUCAAAGAAGUUGUGGUCAAAGGUAGACAUUUUGCAAAUCGAUACAAAACAACAAAAUGGACUAUUUGUCCGUGCCCAAUGCAAGCGGGAAAUGUCGAAUGCAGUUACUAUGUCAUGAGAUUCAUGUAUGACAUCAUAUCUUCUAAGACAAAUAAAAACUCCAUAACCAAGAUGUUUAGUCGCGAUGAUAAAUACACACAAGCAGAUCUGGAUUUUGUAAAGGGGAUGUGGUGUAAAGCGUUGCUUAGAUAUACUUCCUCCGUUCUUAAAUAAGUGCAACAGUCAACAUUUCACACUUGCCGAGACACAACUUUGACCAUUAAUAUAUAUAAUUCUCUAUUAGUAAAAAAUUUUAAAAAAUUACUUUUUGAAAAUUUACAAUGAGACAAAUUUAAUAAUAUAUUUUUCAAAAAAAUAUAUUAAUAUAUCAAUAAAUAAAAUGUAGUCAAAGUAGAACAUGUGAAUAAUGUAAAAUUUCAC